ACUGCAGUAGCUAGAGUAGGUGUAAUACUCGAACGAAAAUCGUACAGAUAGCUGCAUUGCAUUUCAUGAAAGCUGGUGCAAGCUGUUUUUAAGUGUAAACCAUCCUUGGUGUAAAGUAAAGUCAUUCGAUUUUCAUUUCCCAUGGUGGUCUGUUGUGCAGUUAAUAGUAUCCAGAAUAAAAUAAAAGUGAAUGGGAUAGUAUAAAAAUGGACGAGGAACUGUAUCAAGAUGGGGAAAAUCGGCCGAGGCGAGAUAACAUGAACCAGAGGCCGAAUAACCACAAACCAAAUAGCAAGCCUCAUAAUGGCCGAGAAAAAGCGACUGCUAUGGAUUUUUUAACGUUAAAAAAUCUCGCCAGAUUGGAGAGUGAGGAAAUAAUUUCUCAAAUUAACGAUAAUAAGGAGGAGUUCAUGAGUCUACUACAGUCGCCCAUAGAGACGCUGGAUGUGUUUGCUUUGGUUUUGGAACUGUUGGCGAAAGUUUCCCAGUCAUCCUUGCAUCAGUUAAAGUUAACUAUUCUUUUGGAUGUAUGCAAUUCGCCAUUUAUACUCAACAUGCGUAACUAUAUGACGGAUCUGCCGUUCUCCGAACUCAAGUGUUCUAACAUAAUGUACUGGGCAAAUCCUGAUAAUUUUUGGGUCAAUUUUUUUACAUUUUGUGAAUGCGUAACUACAUUGUCCCCAUCCACAGCUUUAACUAAAUGCAGGUUUCUAAUCGACGGAACUGUGAAACUGUGUAUUGAAGAACUGGGCGAAAGACACGGUUAUACAUUACCUGAAAAUUGUGAUUUGAUUCUAACAAAAUUGCGCGAGGCGUUAACUAAAGAAGAAAAAGAGAAAACUAAGAUUAAAGAGCUGAGCAGCAAGCUUCAAGCCCUUCAAGUAGACGAGGAAGAACAGGGACCACCUGAGAACUUUAGGCGUCUCAGUGUGGUGCCUGGGCGAUACGAGUUGAUCGAGAAUCGCCCGUACCUUCGAGCGAAUGUCGUGGAGGGUGGAUAUCGUGACGUCGAACACUACUUGGAUGUGCAGUUCAGACUACUCCGUGAAGACUGCUUCGGUCCCCUCCGCGAAGGGAUAAUUCAAUUCAUACAAGAUCCAACGAAAAGAAAAUACGACAACAUAAAAGUAUUCCGUAAUGUGAAAUAUGUUCACCCUUAUGUAUCGGCUUAUAAAGUUGGCUCAGUUGUUGAACUCGACAAAGACACAAAGAGAAGUUUUAAAAGAAUGAAUUGGGACAAUAACAAGCGCCUUAUUUAUGGAUCGCUCGUUAUGUUUACAACACAUGACAAUUGCAAUGAUAUGAUUAUGGCAACAAUCCUUGAUAGAGAUGUUAAACUUUUUAAUAAGGGAAAGAUUCCGGUGUCAAUGGUUGAAGCUGGAUAUAAUUUAUAUAAAAACGAAACUUACACGAUGAUAGAAAGCGAAAUAUAUUUCGAACCGUACUAUCAUGUCCUUAAAGCUAUGCAGGAUCCUACUUUCCCGCAACAUAUAGCAAUGAAGAAAUACAUAGUUGAUGUUGAUCCUGAACCCCAACCUCCAGCAUAUCUAUACAAAUCAAGAGAAUACAGGGUGUCAGGUCAUCACUUCAAAGUAUUAGAUUUCGACACGUGGCCAAGCAGUGAAACAUUGAGCUUUAAUGAAAGCCAAUAUGAGGCGUACAAAAUGGCUCUUACUCACGAGUUCGCUGUCAUUCAAGGACCUCCUGGAACUGGGAAAACUUAUUUGGGUGUAAAAGUAGCAAAAGCGUUAAUAGAAAAUAUCGGAUGUCGUUUGCUUUUGGUUAGCUACACGAAUCACGCUUUAGAUCAAUUUUUAGAAGCAAUCUUACCUUUUACUAACUCUAUCGUGCGCAUCGGCGGCCAGUCUAAAAACAAGGCAAUGGAAGAAAUCAAUUUGAAUACUUUACGGAGACCAAAGAAGAAAAAAAAAGAGCAGUCACUGACUCUAAGAAAUUUCUACGCACAAAGAGAGUCCUUAAAGGAACUUAUUCAUGAAUUGAGUAGUGCACAGAAAUGCAUUGACUCCUCAGACACUUUUGUCCUCAGUUAUGAAUCUAUUAGACGUUGUGUCCCAGAAAGUAAAAUAAUUGGCGAAUUUUAUAAACGUCCUUAUGGGAACUUCAAAGAUCCGUUAUGUUGUUGGUUGUUUGAGAGUGUCAAGUUCGACUUUAACGAACCCAUAACGCUUGAAAGUGAAGCAAAUGGAAAUCCCAACAAAAAUACAAUUGACAAAUUCGAUAACAGACAAGAGGUCACUUUGGAUGAUUUUGAAACCAAAGAUGUGACAUCUUUUUCCAUAGAAAAGAGUCAAGAGCAACUCAUGCAUUUGUCUUCACGUUAUGGAAAUUCAAAUAAUAAGCAAAAACAGUCUGAAGUGCAUAGAGAAAUAAUUAUAUUGAGAACAUUAAUCCGGACAUUUCAAGAGAUGAGAAGCUUACGCGGCCGAGGAGUUGUGGCUGACGUUUAUACAAAUUAUCAGCGAGAUCCAACCAGUAUCAGUCCAGUGGAUCGUUGGAUGUUGUAUUUUAGAUGGGAAAAUGAUGUAGUCAGUAUUCUCCGAGAAAAAGUUGAGCCACUGCAGGUCGCUGUAAAAAGAGCUAGUGCUAGUUACGAAGAGUCUAGAAUGAGAGUGGAUUAUGAUUUGUUGAAGAAUGUCACAGUCAUAGGCAUGACGACAAGUGGCGCUGCUAGGAUGAGACAGCUUAUUGAGAAAUUAGCUCCACGGAUUGUGAUAGUAGAAGAAGCAGCAGAGGUGUUGGAGCAGCAUAUAGUUACAACUUUGACAAAAAGUUGCCAACACCUCAUUCUUAUAGGAGACCACCAGCAGCUAAGGCCGUCGGCGUCAUACAUGAGGCUGGCCAGGCAUUUCAACAUCGAAGUGUCGCUGUUCGAGCGCAUGAUCAUGAACGGCAUACACAGUCGCUGCCUGAACGUGCAGCACCGCAUGCGGCCACAGAUCUCUGCCCUCAUCGCGCCGGCGAUCUACCCCGACCUUCAGAACCACCCUUCGGUCAGCGACUUUCCCGACGUGCGCGGUGUCACUUGCAACGUUUUCUUCUUCACGCAUAGCUACAAAGAGGAGGUUGUAGCUGACAGUGCUAGCAAAACAAAUGAAAGUGAGGGAGAUAUGGUCCUCGGUUUGGCAAACUACCUAAUGCAGCAAGACUACCAACCCGAAGAUGUCACCAUUUUAGCUGCGUACUCCGGCCAAAUGCUCUAUAUGAGGAGGCAACGUGUAAACUAUCCCCACUUGUCUGAAGUGAAAAUUACAGUUGUGGAUAAUUACCAAGGUGAAGAAUCUAAGAUCAUUCUUUUAUCCCUCGUCAGAAAUAACGACCAAAACAAAAUUGGAUUUUUAAGCACCGAGAAUCGGGUCUGUGUGGCUUUGUCUAGAGCCAGAGAAGGAUUCUACAUAUUUGGCAACAUAAAGAUUCUGAAAAGAAAUUCACCGCUUUGGAUGAAAAUUGCUGCCACAUUAGAAAGUUUUGGAUCACUUGGUACAAGCAUACGUCUGAUGUGUGAAAAUCACAAUGAUAAAAUAUCCGUGAUUUCAACUCCCCAAGAUUUUAAUAAGGUUCCUGAAGGCGGCUGUCUUCAAAAGUGCAACUACACAAUGCCGUGUCUCCACGUGUGCCCACUCCUAUGCCACGGCUACGACAAAUGCCAUACGGGCAUUGAGUGCACCUCGAAAUGUGAAAGGAUUAUUUGCGAACUGAAUCACGUUUGUCCGUUGAAGUGCAUGGAUGAAUGCAAGCCAUGCAUAGUAAGAGUGACGAAAAAACUGCCAUGCGGCCAUGAUAUGUCAGUAUUUUGUCACUUGGACCCUAAGGACGUGAAGUGCUUGACAUCGGUCCCUGCCAUGUUACCAAGCUGUGGCCAUGAGGUGAAGAAACCGUGUCACAUUGCGCCUGAGAUGGUAAAGUGUCCGGUGCCCUGUAGACAACGCUUGGUCAAAUGCGGGCAUAUGUGUACGCGCUCCUGCCACGUCGAGGAUGACCCGCAGCACGAACGGUACUUAUGUCAGAAACAGUGUACUAAAGCCAAGAGAGGGUGCACCAUGGAGUUUGAGGGCGACCGCGGCGACCACCAGUGUAUCAAUAUGUGCUACGACGAAUGCGAUGAAUGCGACGUCCAAGUCGUCAAAAAAAGACAGGGCUGCAAACAUAAGGAGAGCGUCGCGUGCUCAAAGAGCCCCGACGACACGCCCUGCUACAAGAACUGCGCGCGCGUGCUGACUUGCGGACACUUCUGCAAGAAGAAAUGCUUCGAGCCCUGCGGCGACUGCAAACAAGUAGUAAAGAAGCUGAUCCCUGAAUGUGGUCACGAAAUUUCGCUCGAGUGUGGGUCGGAGCCGGAACGCAAGUUGUGCGAGAGACCGUGCGAGCGCACCAUGUCUUGCGGGCAUCGCUGCCAGCAGCGCUGCGGUGACAUAUGUGACCCUACCAAAUGCAAGGAGCUAAUGCCACAACCUACCGAAUUGCCUUGCGGACAUCAAGUACAACUCCCAUGCAGCGUUUACUUUAUCGCGUCCUCGUCUGGUGCCGAGUUGGAAAUACUGCUACAGCACUGCACGGAGGCAUGCGGCAAACAAUAAAAAUGAGAAGAUAUAAGUGUUUUCCAAGUAUUGAAUUACCUUUGAAUGAAAUUCAAAGAGCAAUCGUAAGCGAUAUCGUCUCAAGAAUGGAAAAGGAGCUGGUCAUCAAAGGCGUAGGGGCUAAAGCGGGGCAAUGGAUCAAAUUCAAAAGCCCCCAAUUCUCCUAUAGCAUAGAGUGGCGUAGACUAUAGAGAAAGGUGAUGGCGCUAUGGAAGUAUCUAUAGAUGCGUGGAGUAUGUGACUGAGAUAGCUGGGGACUUCGUCUGUGGUGGCGUUUACUGGCGCGCGUGUUGUGACUUUUUGGAGUGUUUUUUUUGUUAA